GGGGCACUCCCGGGGGCGGCGGUUGCCCGGAUGGGCCGUUAGUCGGAGCCUAGUCGCGGAGUGAGCGAGGGAGACGGGAGGAGCCGAACCCGGCGCCAUCCGCCGCCAUCCGCCCCCGCCCCACCGCCAUCCCGCCCCGGGGAGCCGCUAAACCCGGGUCCCAGACCCUCGCGCACCCGGCCAGGCUCCGGCACGUUUCGGGGGAGGUGCCUGCAGGACCCAACGUACUCAAUGAGCUUCCAGCGCAAUGUCCGAUCGCUCGGGGCCGACUGCCAAGGGGAAGGAUGGAAAGAAGUAUUCCUCGCUCAACCUGUUUGAUACGUAUAAGGGCAAGUCCUUAGAGAUCCAGAAACCUGCUGUUGCCCCUCGCCAUGGCCUACAGAGUCUCGGGAAAGUUGCCAUUGCCCGGCGUAUGCCACCCCCAGCCAACCUUCCAAGCCUGAAAGCUGAGAACAAAGGCAAUGACCCCAAUGUCUCACUAGUCCCGAAAGACGGAACAGGAUGGGCAAGCAAACAGGAGCAGUCCGACCCCAAGAGUUCCGAUGCCUCAACUGCUCAGCCGCCGGAGUUGCAGCCGCUGCCGGCUUCACAGACGCCUGCCCCCAGCCAAGUGAAGCGACCCCCAACAGCCCCCGAGAACACUCCUUCGGCUCCAAGCGGGGUAAAGUCCUGGGCGCAGGCCAGCGUCACCCAUGGAGCACACGGAGAUGGUGGAAGGGCAUCAAACCUACUGUCACGAUUCUCUCGAGAGGAAUUUCCGACCCUGCAGGCGGCUGGCGACCAGGACAAGGCUGCCAAGGAAAGGGAGUCUGCCGAGCAGUCGUCUGGGCCAGGACCAAGCCUCCGCCCCCAAAAUUCUACAACCUGGAGGGACGGAGGUGGGCGUGGCCCUGAUGAGCUGGAGGGCCCGGACUCCAAACUUCAUCAUGGUCACGAUCCCCGGGGGGCACUGCAGCCUUCAGGCCCACCCCAGUUCCCUCCUUAUCGCGGGAUGAUGCCGCCCUUCAUGUAUCCCCCAUAUCUCCCGUUCCCUCCGCCCUAUGGACCCCAGGGGCCUUACAGAUACCCCACUCCUGAUGGGCCCAGCCGUUUCCCCCGUGUGGCAGGUCCUCGGGGCUCAGGGCCACCAAUGCGCCUUGUAGAGCCUGUGGGUCGGCCUUCUAUUCUAAAAGAGGAUAAUCUCAAAGAGUUUGACCAGUUGGACCAGGAGAAUGAUGACGGCUGGGCAGGGGCCCAUGAGGAGGUCGACUACACUGAAAAACUCAAGUUCAGCGAUGAGGAAGAUGGGCGAGACUCUGAGGAGGAGGGAGCUGAGGGCCGCAAGGACUCCCAACCCGCUGCUGGUGAGGAACGGCCCCCUGAAGCAGAUGGCAAAAAGGGCACCUCCCCUGGCAGCGAGCCGCCCCCUCCCAAGACGGCCUGGGCAGAGACCUCUCGGCCUCCAGAGACAGAGCUGGGGCCUCCUGCCCCAAAGCCUCCCCCACCCCCACCUCACCGGGGCCCCGCCGGGAACUGGGGCCCGCCUGGGGACUACCCAGACCGCGGGGCUCCGCCCUGCAAGCCGCCUGCACCCGAGGAUGAGGAUGAGGCCUGGCGCCAGCGUCGAAAGCAGUCUUCUUCUGAGAUCUCCCUGGCUGUGGAGCGGGCCCGGCGGCGCCGUGAGGAGGAGGAGCGGCGCAUGCAGGAGGAGCGCCGGGCUGCCUGUGCUGAGAAACUCAAGCGUCUGGAUGAGAAGUUUGGGGCUCCUGACAAGCGGCUCAAGGCAGAGCCUGCCGUCCUGCCUGCUGCUGCUGCUGCUGCUGCUAGCACUGUCCCCCUCACACCACCUGCAGUUCCCAAGGAGCUCCCCACACCGCCAGCACCUCCCCGAAAUGUCUUUGAGGGGAAAGCAGCUAAGAUUUUCCCAAUUAAACCAUCCAUCCCCAAUUCUGUGUCUACAGCCGGUGGUUCCAUGCACUAA